UUGACAAAUACUGAAAAACGCAAAGCUGUAUGAAACGUGAGAGUGUGUGUGAGCUCAUCUUUUGUGUUUAUAUAACCAAAUCUCUCAUUUUGCUAUUCCCAACACCAAAUUUCAGUAGUGAGAGAGAGAAGAGAGAGAAAGAGACCCUUCAUCUCUGAUCUCUUUACUCUUCUUCUUCUUGCUCACAUUCCCAUCUAAAUUAGCAGCAAAAAGAUGAAAUCUUUAGUGUUAUUUUGGGCACUAAUUGUGUUUAUAAACACCAAAUUGAUACAAUGUAGUGUUACUUAUGAUAGCAAAGCACUUUUAAUUAAUGGCCAAAGAAGAAUCUUGAUGUCUGGUUCAAUACAUUACCCCAGAAGCACUCCUGAUAUGUGGGAAGAUCUGAUAAUGAAGGCCAAAAAUGGAGGGUUGGAUGUAAUUGAUACCUAUGUUUUUUGGAAUGUUCAUGAGCCUUCUCCUGGCAAUUACAAUUUUGAAGGAAGAUAUGAUUUGGUUAGAUUCUUAAAGAUUGUACAGAAAGCUGGACUCUAUGUUCAUCUCAGAGUUGGACCUUAUGUCUGUGCUGAGUGGAAUUUUGGUGGGUUUCCUGUAUGGUUGAAGUAUGUACCAGGUAUCAGUUUCAGAACUGAUAAUGAACCCUUCAAGAUGGCAAUGCAAGGAUUCACUGAGAAAAUUGUAAACUUGCUUAAGAGUCAUAACCUGUUCGAGUCUCAAGGCGGACCGAUUAUUCUUGCACAGGUUGAGAAUGAAUACGGGAGACUAAGAAUGAGACUUGGACAAGAAGGGAAUAACUACAUGAAUUGGGCUGCAAACAUGGUUCAGAGUUUGCAGACAGGGGUUCCUUGGACCAUGUGCAAGGACGACGGAACACCUGAUCCUCUGAUAAACACUUGCAAUGGUUUCUACUGCGAUAAUUUUAAACCAAAUAAACAAUUUAAACCCAAGCUCUGGACCGAGGCUUGGACUGGCUGGUUCACCGAGUUUGGAGGACCCAGUCACCAAAGACCCGUACAAGAUUUGGCUUUUUCUGUUGCAAGGUUCAUACAAACCGGAGGAUCUUUUGUCAAUUACUACAUGUACCAUGGUGGGACAAACUUCGGACGAACUGCUGGAGGUCCAUUUAUCACUACUACUUAUGACUACGAUGCUCCUCUUGAUGAAUACGGUUUGAUCCGGCAACCAAAAUAUGGUCACCUAAAAGAACUUCAUAGAGCAAUUAAGCUAUGUGAACCAGCACUAGUUUCAGCGGAUCCUAUUGUUACUCAGUUGGGAGAUCAUCAACAGGCUCAUGUAUUUUACCAAGAAAAAGGAGGUUGUGCAGCUUUUCUUUCAAACUAUGACACAGAAUCUGGUGUGAGAGUUCUGUUCAAUAAUCGGCACUAUAGCUUACCUCCUUGGUCCAUCAGUAUACUCCCGGAUUGCAGAAAUGUAGUUUUCAACACUGCAAAAGUAGGAGAACAAACAUCGCACAUGGAAAUGUUGCCGAGCAACACAGAAAUAUUUUCUUGGGAGAGCUAUAAUGAAGAUGUAUCAGCUUUAGAUGACGGCUCAAGCUCAACAGUAACGGCCGUUGGUCUCUUAGAACAGAUUAACAUGACCAGAGAUAGUACCGACUAUCUCUGGUACAAAACUAGUGUUGAUAUUAAUCCAUCAGAGUCUUUCUUUCACGGCGGGCAACUCCCCACACUCAUAGUGCAAUCUACAGGACAUGCUGUUCAUGCCUUUGUAAAUGGGCAGCUUAUAGGAUCUGCCUUUGGGGAAAGGAAAAGUAGAAGAUUCAUCCUCAGCAAAAGAGUGCAUCUACAGCCAGGAACAAACAAAAUUGCUCUCCUGAGCAUAGCAGUUGGUUUACCAAACGUGGGAGGACAUUUUGAAGAUUGGGAAACGGGAAUCCUAGGCCCCGUAGUAUUACACGGCCUUAAUCAGGGAAAACUUGACUUAUCCUGGGAGAAAUGGACAUAUCAGGUCGGUCUAAAGGGGGAGUCCAUGAAUCUCGCUUCUCCAAACGGUAUAUCCACGGUAGAAUGGAUGGACAGUAAAAUAGCUGUGCAAGACCAGCAGCCAUUGAUGUGGCACAAGGCUUACUUCGAUGCACCCGAAGGAAAAGAGCCGUUGGCUUUGGACAUGCAAAGUAUGGGGAAAGGCCAAGUUUGGAUCAACGGGGAAAGCAUCGGAAGAUAUUGGACAACUUAUGCUGGUGGUAAAUGUGAUGGAUGCAGCUAUGCUGGGAGAUUCCAACCUCCCAAGUGUGAAGUCGGAUGCGGCAAGCCUUCCCAAAGAUGGUACCACGUGCCUCGAUCCUGGUUAAAACCUACAAGAAAUCUGAUAGUUCUGUUUGAGGAAACGGGUGGUGACCCGAGCAAAAUAUCUCUUGUGAAGAGAUCAAUGAACACAAUUUGUGCACAGGUCUCUGAAACCCACCGAACCGUUAAAAGCUUUCAGAUUGAAAGCUAUGGUACUACAACACAGGAAUUCUACAUACCCAAAGUCCAUUUGCAUUGUGCUCCAAACCAAUACAUUUCUUCAAUAGCAUUUGCAAGCUUUGGAACUCCUGUUGGAACUUGUGGGAAAUAUAUGAAGGGUUCUUGCCAUGCUACUACCUCAUCUGCAGUCUUAGAAAAGAAAUGCGUAGGGAAGCAAAGCUGUGCAGUGACCGUAACAAACAGCAAUUUCGGAGACCCUUGUCCGAACGUGUUGAAGCGAUUAUCAGUUCAAGCAAUCUGUGCUUCAACAACGUCCACGGCUUCCACGACAACUAACCAAACAAAUAUACACUAUUGAAUCACCGUUGCACGAUAGAAAACACGAGAAAGGACGGAAAAAUUAGUCCCCUCAAAGUGUAAGUUUAUUAGUUAGGGCUUGAAGUAUAGCUAAUUAGAGUUAGAUUUUAGACCGUGCCAAAGUCUCUUUUCAAAGGACAUUUGGGCGGGAAAAUUAUAGUUUUAACUUUUUUUUCAAGUGUUUGGUUAUCUUAUUCUAUAAUUGUAAAUUAGUUUUGUGUUAGGUUUAGCAAGUUUGAUGAUUCUAGUUCUAGCCCCUGGCAUUUAGACAGGGGUUGGGAAAGAAUAUGGUGUGAAUUUGUAUUUUAUUUUUUGUUAUUUGGGCAUGAUAUUAUAUACCUAAAAGAUUUUGGUGUGAA